AAUCGACAGCGAUUGUGUAGAGUAUGUGACAGAGGCCCCGAAGGAAACAACUUGAAAAGCCAAAAACGCGUAACAUCAGCUCCACCAUUUCGCUGUCGAUGUCGAUAUUGUGGAAGCUCUCGCCGAGCUGUGAGGAAAAUCGUGAAAUCGAGGAAAAUUCUUGUGAACAGCUCUUGAAAAGUCUGUGUGUUGCGGGCGUCUGAGUGGAAACGAAAAAAAAAAAAAUUUAUCUUGGAUUCGAAGCGUUGCAAUUGUAAUUCUAGAUCGGAAAAUUGUUAUCGCGUGAACAGGAGCAAAGACGCUUUUCUUGAUUGUGAAAAAAAAAAUGGAAAUGAAAAUUCACCAGAACGUCGUCGAUAUCAACAGAGAAAGUAGCGUGCAAUAGGUUCCGUUUUAUGUCCUUCAGAUAGUGAUAGUGAAAAUCCGAGAUUCAUAUGUCCAUUUCCUCUAAAAAUUUUCACGUCCGCUAGAUGCAGUGAUUUGUAUUAAUUUCCCUGGCAGCAAGUUGAGUGGAAAAUUCAAAGUGAAAAGAAGAAAUUGUCUGCAGUUUAUGACAUGAAGUAGAGUGAGAAGAAAGCUUAGGUGAAAAUUCGUAUUGGAGAAAAAUUCUUUUGAAGUUUGUUUAGCUCUAAAAAUAUGCAGGAAAAAUCAGUGACGUGUUUUUAUGUUUGUUGUUGUUCUGGCGACUUCUCUGUGUAACUCUUCAGAAAGUUUCUUGCCUGCAAAGAACAAUUUCCUUCGUCCUUCCAGAAACGUAAGACCCGCCAAGGCCCAGGAUAAUUCAAGAUAAAAAUUAAUAUCGGAAAAUGGAAAAUCUUAUCUAGAGUGAACAAAAAAAAGGAUACGAAAGCUUCCCUCCUGUUGGCAUUUUCACUUCCCAGAAUGCUAUUCCUGUGGAUAUGGUAAAUUCAAUUAUUCCCAAGUGGAAAAAUAUUAAGGGUGUCCUUGUUGUAUGCGUGAGAGGUUUUUCAUCUGUGCAGAGGCUAUACUGUGCGCUAUGCUAGGCUGAGACUCUUAAGGACACGGAAAGAGAAAGAAAGGACUAGCCUUCGAGACGCGCCUGUAUUCGGAAUUGUUUACUGGUCUACGUGCGAGGUACAACAGGAUACCCACACUUCCACUGUUGUCGUCGCGAAUAAAUCAGAAGUUUGAGCCAGUCACCAUCAGCUGCACAUUCCCCUCGGAAAAGCUCAAUAAGCAGAUUUGGCGGGAAAAUGAUUUGUUGAUAAAAAUGUCUGGGAAUUAAAUCUGUUCAAUUCGAGAAUUUACCAAAAGGAUUAGCAGAGUUAAAUGCAAUCCGAAUAAUCAAUAAGGAUUUGAGUUAUCAAAUCAGGAUUACAAAGUUGAAUCUUAUCUUUUUGAAAAUAAGAUCCAUUGGAAGAUUCUAGUGAGAUUGUGCUCUUGACUGGAGUUUCGAGACGAUUUUUCCGUGAACUGAUUAACCAAUAAUUGAAUUGAGUAGGAAGAAUGGGAAACGUGUGCAGUUCUGGACAAAAGAAAAAGGAUAAAGAUGACGCCUCAGAGAAAUCAGAAGAAUCACCAUCCUAUCAACUUGCCGAAAAGAAGAAUUCUAAAGACACCAUGAAAGACAUAAAAGCAACAGGUGGUAAUGAGACAGCAGGCAAAAAGGAGGCUCCACUGGCAGAUCCUGAGCCAAUUUCGGAUAUAUCAACUGGUCAGAAUACAUCGCUAGCCACCAAUUCUCCAACUAAUGGCAAUAUACCUAGAGCAGCACUCACAAGGGCUCAACAGCAACAAAGUAUUCAACAAUCUAAUUAUAGUGAUUCUGUAUCGAGUACACCACAAACAGUAAACGCACCAUGCGAGAUACCAGUUGUGGCUACACUGCCUUCCAAUCUUCUAUCACUCCAAGGAAAACCUCUAACUCAUCGGCGGACUGAGAAAGAUCGAAAAAUUGUAGUCUACAUUCUAGCUGCCGAUAAUGAACAUAAUUUAGAAAAAUCUGUAUUACAUAGUAUCUAUAAGAGCUUAAAAGAUCGUUGUGCAUAUCGCGGGUUCGAACUUAUAAUCUCAGACUGCCAUAGUAGCACGGAUGCCGAAAAGAGCGAAACAAAAGUCUUGGACGUACGAAAAUGGGUGCAGAGUCCGUUGGAAGCUCAAGGCGGUCACGAGGAAGCGGCCAAUUGUUUAGCUGAGAUAUCAAGACACUCUAACUCAUCAUAUAUAAUUCCGGUUCUGUUUCUGGGAACAUCACUAGGAACACCAUUGCUUCCAUUGACAAUAGAGAGCCAGGACUUCACCACCGCCCUCACUUUGACUGACGCUUCGAAAAAGAGCCUUCUGGAGAAAUGGUAUCGAAUUGAUAAUUCAGCACAGCCACCUUGCUAUCGCCUGAAUACCAAAGAGGUCCAAGAGAAUCCUGAAGCGAACAACAAUGAGUUGAAUAGCCUGUUGGACAUUAUUGUCGAUAUCUUCUCAAAAGAACUUCGCGACUCGUAUCUUACAACCGUUGUCGAACAGGAGAUCAACAACACCGUCCUCAUUAGCCAGGAAUUGGCAAAGCGAUGUAUCUGGAUUCAGACAGGAAGCAUUCCCCCAAAACUCUCAGAGAAUCCUUCGUCCCUGGAGACUGAAAUGGCUCGACGCUUGAACAGUAUACAUGCCGAUUUGAAGACGCAGUUAUCAGAAAAGAAUCUCAUUCGAAUCCCGCCAACCAUUCAGGUCCAAGAGGAUCAACUCGCAGCAAUUAUGGAAAGCCUGAUUUCAACCGUGAUCGACAGUAUAGCUGAGGAACAUCUGAAUAAGUUCGCAAUUCCAAGUUGUACAUUUGGCGUAGAUAAAAGAUUGUUGGGCGAAAUGGAAGCCGUUAGUCAGUACUCCAAAAUUCUAGGUCAGAAUUGUGCCAAUUUUGUGAUAAUGGAUAAAUUAAGGAAUUACUUAUCGGGGAUAUCAUCGGCCCCGCUUGUGAUCUAUGGACCCCCAGGAAGUGGGAAAAGUGUUCUGGCUGCAAAAAUAAUGCACAACGUUCAUGUUUGGAUUCCGGAGUGUAGUUUAAUUCUGAGGUAUGGAAAUCUCACGGAGCUAUCAUCAGAUUUAGUAUCUUUAUUGGGAUCUAUAGCGGAACAAAUUUCUGUCUUAACAUUAGAGCAACCGUGUAGGAUUAACCAUACUCUAGAAGCGUACUCGAAUUUUAUCAAAACUAGACUAGAAACUACGAAAAUUCAACUGGUGAUAGCUAUCGAUUCCUUAGACGACAUCGAUUGCCUCGAGUCAUUGGAUUGGCUUCCACUUCAACUACCACAAAAUAUAAAAAUUGUAAUCACAGUCACUGCUCCCGAAACGGAAUCAAACAAAGAUUCCAAAGGACCUUGGGUCAUCAAUGAAUUGAAAUCGCGGAAGCUUGCCGACGAUUGCUUCCUUGAGUUGACCAAGUUCUCAAACGAGCAGUGGCGUGAUGUAUUGAAUUUCGGAGGAGGGGAUUUCUACGCGGCCAACGGUGCACUCCAACUACCCGAAGCUUGGAAAGGUGCUACUGAGAAAGUUCCACUUCAAGCUAAGAUACUGUGGUGGCUAGCGUGGUUGGGCAAUUGUGAGAUUGGAGAUACAAAGCUAGAGUUAUGUGUUCAACGAGUUUUCGAUACAAUCGAGGCCAAAUUCACACCAGAAGUAGCUGGAGUUAUUUUGUCAAUAUUAAUAGCAUCUAGGAAUGGAAUACGUGAAGUAGAUUUAAUAACGAUAAUUGGUGAUUUACAAAUAGCUAAAGGCUGUUCGCCAUCGCGACUGUGGUUUAAAUUCUGUUGGCUAUUGGGACCAAUGCUGCUGCAUAUGAAUCAAAUAAUUAUUAUGGAUAAACUGUUGCGAAUAGCUGCAUCCCAACGAUAUUCCACCAAAGUUUGUGAAGCACAUCGGAUACUUUGUGACUACUUUAAAAAGCAAAACCUCGUGUUUACUGACAUUAAAGGGAAAUAUAAGUGUUAUAACGUACAAAAACUUUUACAAUUGCCUUAUCAUGCAUACAUGAUCGAUAAAUUGCAACAACAACAACAAUCAUUUAUACGCUCAGUGUAUCUAACCGAUUUACACUGGAUCCACGAUAAACUAAUCGCAACUGGAUGUGUUCAAUUACUUAGCGAUAUAAUUAUAAUUGAGAAAUAUUUAAAAUCAAUAGGCAAAAAAUUAGAUGAUCACGUACACUUAAAAGUACUCAAGAACUUCCUGGAGAAUCAUAUACGAGAGCUAAACUACGACGGCAAUCAAUUCUAUGCGCUCCUUACCACCUGGAUAAAGACAGAGGUUAAGGAGCAGCCAGACUUAGGGAAGAACGAAGUCAUCACUGCAUGGACAGAAUAUCUGGGGAAUGUGAAGGCAACAUAUCUGGAACGCUUAAACAAAUUCGAGCUGGCUACGGAGGAGGAGGCAAAGCAGAAAGUGGGCUACGAUGCUAUAACCAACUUGGGCGGAAAAGGAUACUUCGUAGCCUCGAUAAGUACCGAAAGGGAGGAGAUUUGCGUAUGGGACGUCCCUUCCUGUCGGCAGGUUAGAAUUCUUAAGGGGGGUCCACAGCCAACAACGCUCUGUCCUGUCGGAGAGUAUGGAGCUGCAGUCCUGUGCCGAAGGGAGAUUAAAGUAAUUGAUCUCGAUGAAGGGAAAUUUAGGGUUACACUCAAAGGCGUCAUGAAUCAAAAGAUGCCAUACUUUGGGUUACACGACUCUACGCAUCUAGUAUGUUUGUCCCGGAAUCGCAUGUACGUUAAUCUUAUGAACCUGGAGUCAGGAGACUGUGUCACCACAUUCAAGGCAGGGGAAGAUCGUUUUCUCAACUCUUUACUAGUGUCUGGAGAUGGAAGGAUCCUAGUUUGUGGUGACGAAACACAAAAACCCUUCCCUCUUCUCGUAUGGCAUUUAUCACAGCGAAAACUGCUCUACGAUCUGCGAAUACCACAUCAUGAUUUCAUCACAUCUCUAUCAGCAAUCACUCACGAAGGAUCCUAUGUUUGUGUUGUAGCCAAAGAACUAAAUGAACCCACACCAAAUUUCAUAGUCGUUUAUGAUCUACAAAGUGGAACCUUGUUCAAAAAAUGGAAACCUUCAUGUAAUACCGUGUCACUGGCGAUAUCCCAGACAAAUGCUUGCGUAAUCGCCGGAUUAGAGGAUUCAAGGAUUCUUAUUUGGGAUCUCGUCACGGGAAACUGUAAAUGCACGUUGUCUGGACAUAAUGCACCUGUGACGCUACUUAAACUUGAUCCUUUGGGAAAGGUUUUACUGUCGGGUGAUAAGGACGGGCGAGAUACUUCAAUACGAUUAUGGGAGCUGGAUUCUGGUAAAUCUCUAGCCGUCUACACUCCUCCUGCCAAAAUUCAAACUUGUGAAAUCCUGUCUAAUGGAAGAUACGUUGUUUUAGCUCUAGAAAAGCACAUAAACCUAAUCACAUUAUGUCUACGAAAUUAUCAUCCUGAAGGUUCUGAAAAUGAGGAUCUAUCCUCGGGUGUAUAUGGAAAACCUGAAAAUGAUGGCAAGUCAUUUACUCUGUAAAAAAAUCAAAAAUCGGCAUUCAAUUAAAUUUUAAUUUUAAUUAAUUAUUUAUAAUUUAAAUUAAAGCUCGAUAUUAUUAUUAGGCAUCAGUAUAAUGUGUAAGUAGCCAAAUUAACUAAAUAUUUGAAGUGCUGUGGAUUGAAAUGAAGGUAAAAUCUCGGCCAAGUAGUUUCAAUAGUACAAUUUACCCCCUAUCUCCUACAGACUAUGUUUCUUUCUUUUGGAAUUAUAGCUUACUGUACCCCCUUCAAUACAUUUUUUUUCAUUUUUCUGACUAACAUAUAUACCUACUUUAGACCUGCCUCCCGAGACUACCGCUACAUAGGUAAUGAUUGACAUUUCUACAUGUGAUAUGUUCUCAAAAGCACUUCCAUAUCCGGAAACGCACACAGGACUUCCUUGGUAUCUUUACAUCGCGUAAUACAUCCGUCACCUGAUGCAGUGUAGUUUUGAUUGAUUGUCCUGCCCGGUAUCCUUCAUGACAUGGAUGUAAGACCCUUCGGGUUAGAACGUUGGCUCUAAUGUAAUUGUCCACUGUUCUCAGUAAAAACUCCCUUUUCCGGCCUACAUGUCCUUGGUGUAUGUCCCAAGCAUUGACUGUCCGUUACUACCCUUGGUAGGGAACUUAAAAAAACUUUUAAGCCCUCUGAAGUAGUGCUGAGAUAUCAUCCUGUCCAGGUGAUUUCUGUGAAUCAAAGGCUCCCACUCCUUGUCUUACUCUAGCCUCCGAACAUACCUAUUACGUUAUUCUCCUAUUUUUCCCUCUCUCUACUCUGUUAAUUAUUGCGGUAUCCCCCUAAUAUUGGUAUCCUCCAUCCUGAAAAACGAGUUUUAAGUAGUAGGUGUACCUUGACUCUUCGUUCUCGAUAAAUGUUCCAUUUUCUUUCUUCAGACAGAUAUAGAAAAUUGCAUUGUCAUUCAUUGCAUUCUUGUACAUAUAGCCUGACUUGUUUCGGUGGCUUAUUCUAUAACUUUAAAAAAAUCCUGGGGAUGUUGUUCUUCUAAUCACGUUGUUGCACGUCGUCAAUGUAUUUUUGUACCUAGACCAGUCAAUUCCUUGAAAACCCUCCAGUUCCUAACCAACCAAUUCAUAAGACUAUUCCCUAUUCACAUCCUCUGGGCUGGUGCUACCCGAGAAUAUUGCUGAGUUUCUUACAUUAGAUACCUCCUACCUAUUGCUAAGGAAAUAUUCAAGAACCUCGUCAAUUGGUGUCGCUGCUUCCCCAUUGAAGCCGCUAAAAAAUUUUAGUACCUUCCUCUCGCAAUGCUUCACCAGUCUAUCGACUUGUUUCGAUAGAAACCCUCUAUCAUUUCCCAUCCGAAUGCCACGACUGCCUCUCGAGUUCUCCCGUCGGCUCGGAAACAUGGAUAGCCACGAGAUCUUCGAUUAAAAACUAUGAAAAAAUAUAUAUUUUCAUUUGGAUUCAAGGAUGAUGCGAGUUUUUGGUUUUCCACAAGCGGAGAUUCCCAAAUUACUUGCAUACUUCUUCCUUGCAGAUCUUCCCUUGCUACAUUCAAAGUUUUUGACCCAGCACUAUGUCCUUCUUAAAAAAUUGCCUUUGCAGUUGUGAGUCGCUACCAGUCUUGACUCUUCAGAGAUCCAGGUUCAUAUGGUCCGGCCUUUCCACCUUAAUAGACAGCAGAUCAACUGCCUUAUUCGAUCCUGCCCUUUCGGUCACCAUAGUCUCUCCGAUUCCCUCAGUCAUCAUCCGAGGUUUGCUCCGAAAUGCAUCAGGAUAUUAGCCAAUCUAGAUGAUUCGCAUGGCCAGGAUAGGGAAUAUGUCUAUUCAGUAAGCUCCCAUCUGAUCCCGAUGCAACAAUUAGAGUUCUUCAAGCAAGUGGUCCAAUUGUUCAUAGAUUGCUGGAAUUGCACUUAAGCCUCAAGGGGGUCUUUCAAUUUUUUACCUUCUGAAGGGGUUCAGCUUAAAGCAAGCAAUCAAACUUAUCCACUUAUUUGGUGCAUGCUAAUAAUGUCUCCCCCCUCUCUCGUCAAAUAGAUGUGAAUGGCAUUUUUUUUAUGGGCGGAGGUGCAAAUCUUAAAAAGACGCUGCUGCGCUAUAUUGAGAAUAGUGUGCGGGAUUCUCACCACCCUCACUCUUCCGACCACAUCCAUGGGCAACCACGGUGAGUUAUUAUCUCGCGGAGAGGAUUCUAGUCUACACUAGCUUGAUCAAAUCAUGCACCCAUCACACUUUCCAGCCUUGAUCCAGUUUCUGAAGCUUGUUUUCAUCUGAUCUCAACAUCUCCUCCACGAGAUUAUGGGGUCUGAUAACUACGUUGAGGAUGUCGCUCAACCUGAGCCAUCGGAAAAUACCAUAUACCGCUUCCUCGGAUUAUGUGGUACAUUCGAAACAAUCGGGACACUCGUCCAAUCCGAAGCCAUGUAAACACUUUUUAGAACCGUAAGGAACUGCAUCAGGUGGUAGUUCACUUUAUGCAAUCUCCUGGGGGAUCAGUCUGUGGAUCCAACGACCGGUUCCGGAAUUAUUUCAUCGUCUGUAUAGCACCCUUCUAGUGACUUCCGCAGACUAAUUUCAAAUAAAUUCCCCUCAUUCGCGCAAUGAUGCAAGCUGAUUUACUCGAUGCUGCCGAAUAAACGCUGCAAGCCAUCGAUGCGAUUGGCAGGUAUGUCGAAAUCAUCCCCUUCUGGUUGAUAACGGAGUUCAGUUCUCCCGACCAGAUAGAACUCGGGUAUAUUAAGAUGGAUUUCACAACCUCUGUGGUAGGCAGUCGGCGAUGGUAUUUUCAAAUAAGAAUUGUUGAUGCGACAAUCCAACUGGAUCAGGGCGUUAGAACACUUCAUUCAAGACCGUAAAGGUACACUAUAGGAUUACAAUACCCUGUCAGCAUUGCGCUCGCCCGUCAUUAUUACCCCGACUUGACACAGGUACUCGUUCACAUCGGUAUGAAUGAACUGACAUCCGACAUCUAGUCACACAACAAAUCCCACUGCGACCAGUGAGAUUUAAACCAAGACUUCUCAUACGACAGCCCAGCGCUGUAACCACUGAGCAAUCAACGUUGCCUCCUCUGACACGCGAGUUCCAAGCGUCCCAGGAUACAUUAAAUUCCACAGCAAGGGUCUCAAUCCAAUACGGAUUCUUGAGGAACAUUUGUUGUCAUAAUGUAUUCUUUCGGUCUUGUACUCGUACUAGAGAAGCUCUUCAGUAGUUAACACUCAAUGAACUAAGCUAAGUAUCCAAACCCACCUACUUUAGCCAAGUUGUCAAUCGACCGAAUUAAAGGCAUUGCUUACGUCAAGUAAGUGCUCAGACAAGCCCACGACCAUUGAUGUUCCAUUGACUGCAGAAAAGCGGCGCCGAAACCGUCGAAACUGUCGACUCUAUAGAACCGUAAAUGGAAACAGCCUUCUCCAACAUCUUUUUCACGCAGAUCAAAAUAUAACAAGAGGGCAUACCAAGUGAUUUUGGUGUUUCGGUAGCAGCAACUUCUACUAAGGGAAAACACUCCUUCUACCAAGCGUGAUUUAAAUGUGCUUAUGAGCCAUUUUAGCCUAGUCUUAGCAGCUAUUUGAGCCUUGUUAUCCCCAAGGUGUCCGGAUAGCUGAGUGGUUAGAGCGCAAGGCUGUCGUACGGAAGGCCGCGGUUCAAAUCUCACUGGUGGCAGU